ACAUACGCCACCACCACACAAAGUAAAAACAAUGGAGCACAUGAAGGUAAGAGGAAACGGCAUAUAUAUCCACGUAGCAAUCCAAGGUCCCUCCGAUGGUCCUAUAGUCCUUCUCCUCCAUGGCUUUCCUGAGCUUUGGUACUCAUGGCGCCACCAGAUCCCCGGACUUGCCGCUCGUGGCUACCGCGCUGUUGCUCCUGACCUACGUGGUUACGGUGAAUCCGAUGCUCCCGCUGAGAUCUCUUCCUACACAUGCUUCAACAUCGUAGGUGACUUAGUCGCCCUCAUAUCCGCCUUAACCGUCUCCGAGGAUGAGCAAGUGUUUGUGGUUGGACAUGACUGGGGAGCUCUCAUCGCUUGGUACCUUUGUCUCUUCCGACCAGAUAAGGUUAAAGCUUUGAUCAACCUUAGUGUCCCGUUCUUACGUACAACCGAUCCAUCCACGAAGCCCGUUGAUCGCAUGCGUGCUUUCUACGGCGAUGAUUACUAUGUCUGCAGGUUUCAGGAAGUUGGAGAUAUAGAAGCUGAGAUUGCAGAGGUUGGAACAGAGAGAGUCAUGAAGAGACUACUCACUUAUAGAACUCCUGGACCGGUUAUUAUACCGAAGGACAAAAGUUUUUGGGGAUCCAAAGGCGAAACUAUACCUCUACCUUCUUGGCUAACGGAGGAAGAUGUUGCUUACUUCGUCAGCAAGUUUGAAGAGAAAGGCUUCUCUGGUCCAGUCAAUUACUACCGUAACUUUAAUCGGAACAAUGAGUUGUUGGGUCCAUGGGUGGGAUGCAAAAUCCAGGUUCCUACAAAGUUUGUGAUAGGUGAGCUUGAUUUGGUCUACGCUAUGCCUGGUGUGAAGGAAUAUAUACAUGGUCCCAAGUUUAAGGAAGAUGUGCCUUUUCUUGAAGAGCCUGUGGUCAUGGAAGGAGUGGCUCACUUCAUUAAUCAAGAGAAGCCUCAAGAGAUUCUCCAAAUUAUCCUUGAUUUCAUCUCCAAAUUCUAAUCUUGAUUUCCCUUAAAACUCUCUUGUAAGUUCUAUAAUAAGUUGAAUUAUGAGGAUAUAUACAUCCUCAUGUAUGGUUAUAAUAUCCUAAAUAACAUAUGUAAGUAAUAGUACUAAAGUUGGAUGCGUGCAUAUCAUGUGACGUUCUUCUCAGUUAUAUAUAUAAUAAAGUAAUGACUUAUAU